CGAUCAUGAAUACCUCUUUUCCAAAGAUGUCAACAUCAUCAUUAAGUUAAACAACAUCUUAAACUAAUUUUUAUGAAUCGAGCCCUAUGUCAUCAUAUUCAGCAAAGCAAUUAACAUCAAAUGACAAUUUUAAAGUAGUUGUACGUGUAAGACCACCUUUAUAAAGAGAAGUUAUAGAUGGACGUUUUAUUUCAACUCUUUAAGUAUCCCCUGAUCAUAAGAAAAUCUGUCUAUAUGAAUAUUAUAAUAUUGAUUUAGUGGAUCCAGAACAUCUUGAAGAAUAUCUUAAUAAUCCUAAUAGUUAUACUAUGCAUACUUUUUCAUUUGAUUAUGUAUACGAUUAAGAUAACACAUAAGAAGAAGUAUAUGAUAAUACAGCAAGACAUGCAGUACUAUCUGCAUUAUAAGGUUUUAAUGCAACUAUUAUGGCAUAUGGUUAAACAGGUACUGGUAAAACAUAUACAAUGGAAGGAUUUAAAUAUAAUUGUGUUGAUCCAUAAAGAGGUAUCAUACCAAGAGCAAUUGAAGAAAUAUUUAAACAUAUUUCUAAUGGAUCUAAUGAAUCAACUACAUUUAUGGUGAGAGUUAGUUAUCUUUAAAUUUAUAAUGAAAUCAUUAGUGAUUUAUUAAGAAGUGAUAGAUAAAAUUUGCAUAUUAGAGAAGAUAAAAAAAGAGGAGUAUUUGUUGAAGGUCUCUCAGAAUGGGCAGUAAGAAAUCCGUCUGAAAUUUAUUCAUUAAUUUAAAAAGGUGCUUCAUCAAGAGCUACUGCUAGUACAAAAAUGAAUGAUGUAAGCAGUAGAUCACAUGCUGUCUUUAUUAUAAUUGUUGAAUAGAUGACUGAAAUUGAUAAUCAUAAAUCAAUAAAAGUUGGAAAACUUAAUUUAGUUGAUUUAGCUGGAAGUGAAAGAGUAAGAGUUACUGGUGCAACUGGUAGAAGAUUAGAAGAAUCAAAAAAAAUUAAUUAAUCUUUAAGUUGUUUAGGUAAUGUCAUAUCUGCAUUAAUUGAAUAAAAGACACAUAUUCCUUAUAGAGAUUCUAAAAUUACUCGUCUUUUAGAAGAUUCAUUAGGUGGUAAUUGUAAAACAACAAUGAUGGGUAUGAUAUCCCCUGCUAUUGAUGCAUUUCUUGAAACUUUAAGUUCUGUUAAAUUUGCUAAUAGAGCAAAAAAUAUUAAGAAUAAAGCUACUAUUAAUGAAGAUGUAGAUUAAAAGGCACUUUUAAGAAAAUAUGAAUGCGAAUUAUAAAGAUUAAGAAAAGAACUUUAAGAAAAGAAUAAAACUAUUAUAGAUUCUACUAAAUUAAGUUAAUUAGAAGAAGAUAAAAAGAGAGCAGAAUAAGAUAAAAAUGCUGCAAUGGCUGCUUUAGAAGCUAGAAGCAAAUAAUUUUUUAUUGAAAGAGAAGAAAAGAAAAAACUUGAAGAAAAAAUUAGAUAAAUUAAUAGUUAAAUGUUGAUUGGAGGAUGUAAUAUUGAAAAUAGUCCAUAAUUUAGAAAUGCUAUAGAAGAAUAAUAAAAAAUAAUUAGAGCUUAAUAUGAAAAAAAAAUAACAGAAUUAGAAAAGGAAAGAUCUUAAUUGGAAGAAGAUAAAGUUUAAGUUGAUAGAUAUAAACAAUUAACACUUAAAUAAAGAGAUAUUAUGAUUGCUCUAACUACUAGAUUGAAUGAAAGAGAUGAAACUAUAGUUUAAUUAUAAGAUGAACUUGAUGCUUAUGAUAGAAUUCAUAGAGAAACUGAAACUAUGCUUGAUUAAAAAUUAUAAAGAGUAUAAUAAUUAGAAGAAUAUGUUAAUUCUAUGGGAGGUAAUCUACCUAAUGUUUAAUAAAUAUAAUCUAUUAGACAAAGUAAAAUUAAAGAUUGUGUUACUCAAGAUGGAUAAGAAACAUAUAAUAUCACAAAAGAAAACUUACAAGAUUAUGAAUCUUAAAUUGAAUAAUUAACACUUAUUAAUUAAGAAUAAGAUUAAGAAAUUUAAAGAUUAAAUAAUCUAUUAAUAAAUCAUGAGAAUUCUAAUUUAAUGGAUUAUGUCAAAUGUAUUUUAUUUUAUCAUUAUUCUAGCUUCUGUUGAUAGUAUUAUUGAUGCAUUAUCUUAACCAAAUGAUGGUUUAAAAUUGCAAAAUGUGGCUAAAGAUCUAAUAAGUCUCUAAAAGAUCCUUGCAGGAGAUCAAUAUUAAUCAAAUCAUGCUUUUAAUAACAUUCAAAAUAUAGUACAUUCCAGAAAAGAAUCUCCUAUGCAUACUAAUUAAUCCAAAAAAUCUUUAAAUAAUUCAUAAAAUUAUGAUGAAGAUGAGUAACCUAGAUAGUUAAACAACUUUUAUACUUUUUCCAAGUAUACUAAUAUAUUUAUUCAAGUAAAUCAUAAUCUUCGUCAAUGAAAAAACAAAAAGAUCCCUCUCUUCCUAAACCAUAAAUUAAUGUUUAAGACAUCCUUAAAAUGAGAGAAGUCAAAAAAAACCUUUAUUCUUGA